AUGUGGAUCCACUGCCUCACUGACUGGCACCAGGCUGGUUCUUACAGCUGGGGAUCAGCUGUGUUGUCAUUUCUGUAUCGGCAGCUGUGCGAGGCGUGCCGUCGGUCUUCGGGCUCCCCGUCAGUUGGUGGGUGUGUCUACCUGUUGCAGUUAUGGAUGUGGUCCCGUCUUCCUGUCGGUCGGCCCGAGAUUAUGCCGCGUCGACCGUGGUUCCCAGGUGAGCCGCCGAGACGACAGCCGACAUGGGCAUAUAUUUGGGAUCAGGUUAAGGUUAGCCAUACCAGAUUGGACCGCGCGUACCUGGAUUACAUCAACGAGAUAGACGCGCUCACUGCUCAUAGUGUAAAUUGGCAACCUUACGACGGAGACGAUCCACUUCCUUUUCCUCUUAGCUUCGUGUGUGUUCAGGACGAUGAUAUUUACAGGAUGGUGUGCCCUCUUAUUUGCUUCUAUGCUGUCGAGUACCACCUGCCACAUCGAGUAGCACGCCAAUUUGGGAUGAGGCAGAUUUGGCCACCACAGGCGACCUCGACUAGUAUAGAGUUACACAACGUGGAUCGAAAGAAGAAGCGGAAGAUCUCCGACUGGCCCGCGUUCCACCACGCGUAUAUUGUGGAAUGGGAGCAGUACGAGCAGAACUUGGACGAGAAUAACGAGCCGCACACAAACACCGCGUACAGGCACUACCAGAGCUGGUACCAAGUCAUCCGACGAUGA